AUGACAUUCACACUCGGCAUUCAAACUACAUCAUUUGUCGAAAGUCAGAAUGCAUACAUCAAGCGGGUGUUAGAGAAUAGCAACACGUCACUAUGCGAUUUAGGUAAAGUAUUAAUGGAAUGUAACAAAGAGGAACAAAAAAGAAAGCAAUUUGAAGAAUGGAAAAGAGGUGUUCCUUCUAUGACAAAUGCAACUACUAUUUUUCCUUCUAUUGAAUCUUUAGUUAAAUGUUAUCUGAGACCAAAUGUUGCACACUUUUUGGUUGAACAAAUGAAGGAAAGUUUAUAUUACACUGCUAGCCGUACUACAGUUGAAGAAAUCGAAUCACUUACCUUUUACGAAUCUUUACAAAGUGAAGAUAUAGAUAACGAGCCUGAUGCUAUUGUUUUGUGUGCUAUGUAUCUUUUAGAAUGUUUAAAAUGUACCUCAAUUGUAGAGAUUUGGAAAAUAUCAAGGGUUACAAGUCAAGGGGUUAACCAUUUUAUAUUUCUUCUUUCAGAUGGCUCGUAUAGCUGCACUUGUCUUUUGCAACAAAGUAAAGGGCUUGUUUGUCGUUAUUUUUACCAUCUCCUAAAUAUUACUAUUAAGGCACAAUUUAGUUUGCAAUUGAUUGCACCAUGUUGGAUUCCUAAAUCCCAACAAUUAGAUGCAGUAAAGGAAUGUGUGUACUUUGGUCAGCGUUUUAGUAAUAUUAAAGAUAAAACUACUGAUACAGAUAUAACUAUGAGCAAUAAGAAUCAGUAUAUAUGGUUACAACUAUUUGCUAAUAGUAAAACAGAAGAGAUUACCGAUGAUAAUUUUAUUGAUGAAAUGCUUUUUUAUAGGAAAGUUUGGGGUCUUGCACGUACUGCUGUAAACAAAUGCAUGUUACAUCAUGAUAAUGAGUUUAUUCUGUUAAUUGAAAAUUAUUUGAAUAGGGUUCGUACUAGAGAGGAAGAAUUAGUUAGAUCACAAGAAAUAGUAGUCUCAACUAGUCAAAAUAUUGUUGAAAAUACAGAGGUUAGUAUGAUCCAGCUUGAGAAUCCUUGGAAAGUAGUUGGUAGAGGAAGACCAAAAGCAGCAAGUCAUCAUAAUAAGGAUAUCAUGAAUAUUACAACACAAGAAGCAAAUAAAAAAAAACAUGGGCAGUAUACUUGUGAAUUUUGCAAAGAGCCAGGCCAUAAUAUCGCAAAUUGUCUGAAUAAAACAUUAAA